AUGAAAGCCGUCAUUGCCGAGAAAACCGGCGGCCCCGAGGUCCUCGAAUUCAAACCAGACCACCCCGUCCCCACGCCCAAGGAGGGCCAACUGCUCGUCAAGAACAACAUCUCCGGCGUGAACUACAUCGACACCUACUUCCGCACGGGGCUCUACCAAUCCCCCAAGCCCGAGAUCCUGGGCCGCGAAGGCGCCGGCACCGUCGCGGCCAUCGGACCCGGUCCGAACCCCUUCAACUUCAAAGUCGGCGAUCGCGUCGCCUGGCUCACGACCGGCGGGUAUGCGGCGUACACGGCUGUCCCUGCGGAUCGGACGGUGCGGAUCCCCGACGGCAUUAGCGAUGAGGAUGUCAUUGCGUCGUUUCUGAGCGGUAUGACGGUGCUCUCGUUUAGUCGGGAGACGUAUGCUGUGCAGAAGGGCGAUUGGGUGCUUUUGCAUGCGGCGGCUGGCGGGGCCGGGUUUCUUAUGACGCAGCUGCUUAAGACGGUUGGGGCGAAGGUCAUUGGCACUGCGGGCGGGCCGGAGAAGGUGGCGUUGGUGAAGAGCUUGGGUGCGGAUGUGGUUAUCGAUUACCGGAGCGAGGAAGGCAAGGACUGGGUGAAGAUUGUGAAGGAGGUGACUGGGGGUCAGGGUGUCGAUGUUGUGUAUGAUUCUGUUGGAAAGGAUACGUGGGAGGGAAGCUUGGAGGCUGUCAAGCGGAAGGGUACGAUUGUUUGGUUUGGCAAUGCUAGUGGCCCGGUGCCUCCUAUUGCUCUGCCGAAACUCUCCCCUAAGUGCGUCAAGAUCGCGCGCCCGACUUUGUUCGGAUAUAUCGAGACUCGGGAGGAACUAGAGUAUUACGUGAAUGAGCUGUUCACUCUGCUCAAGUCCGGUCAGCUCAAGGUUAAGAUUCACAAGGUUUAUCCGUUGGAGCAGGUGGCUCAGGCCCAUCGCGAUCUUGAAGGUCGCAAGACGACAGGCAAGCUUUUGUUGAAACACGAAUAG